AAAAAAAAACGAACGAUUGGAUAUAGAAACAAAUAUAUCUUCAUAUAUUGAAAAAACAUUGUAAUAUAAUUUCUACACCUAACUUGUAUUUGCGUAUAGUUUAAAUAUUAUUGCUAAAUAAAUUUGCUGUAAACUAAUAAAUCCCGUGUGAUAUUAGCUUCAAAAACAUAUAUAACGUUAUAUUCUGUGUGUAUGUAUGCUAUCACACAUUAUCACAAUACAAACUGUCGUAAAAAAACAUUGCGAUAAUUAAAGCGUCGGCAUGCGAUUGUAGGAAGAACAUUGGAGUUAAUAAUUAAAACAGAUAUUUCUAUCAUGAAUAGUGUUUGUAGUAUAGAACAAAUAAGAAAUCAAAGAAAUGUACAGACAAUUCAGUAUAACCUUUUAAAAUAUUUACAAAUUUGCUGAAUAAAAAAUUUGAUUAUUUCUUGAAUAUUUUCUCUGUACACAAAAACAAAAGAAUAACAAAAAAUCUCAAAAAGUGCUUAGUUUUAUUUGUGAUGGAUAAAAAUGUGCGACUGUCCAGAAAAAAAGGAUGACAAAACUGUCAGCAAAAUUAGUCCGGAAACGGUAACUAUUUUCUCAAAAUGUCCCAAGCCGUAUCGCCCUGGAAAAGAUAUCCUCGAUCAAGGACCUCCCGGCACCGGUUGGUUACCGAUCGAUUCGGCGCACUAUAAUAGCAGCGAUACGUCAUACGACACUACAAAGACGUUAUCAAGCUCGGAAUCCUCCAGCGACACGAGCAAAACGUAUAAUAUUGUUUGUCUAUCAAAAUGCAAUUGUUCCGAGGAAGUCGAAAACGGUUGUAAAUCACCGAUCUGUCACGAAAUUAACAGAAUUAAGGAUGUUGCUGAAAAAGAACCGGAUAUCGAAUUAACCUUGGCUAUAAUAAAGCCGGAAGCGACUGUUUAUAGAAAACAGAUCGAGUAUGAAAUAUACACGGAGGGAUUUGAGAUCUGUCAGACUCGUUGGCUGCAGCUUACACCGGAACAAGCUUCGGAAUUCUACAACAAUAACUUCGGCGACAUGAGUUUUCCUUAUUUAAUAGCCUACAUGUCCUCUAAACCUAUUAUAGUGUUCGUGUUGGCGAAGCAAAACGCGGUGGAAGAAUGGAAGAGAAUCAUGGGACCGACAACGGUGGCUCAAGCGCGUUUGUAUUUUCCUGACAGUAUCAGAGCGAAAUACGGUUGCAAAGGAGAUAGCAUCAAGAACGCUGUUCACGGCAGUAACAGUCGCGAAGAGGCUAUAAAAGAGAUUCAUUUCUUCUUUCCCGAGUUCAUAACUGAACCUUUGUUAAGUAACGAAAUGGCUGAGAACUUUUUGUGGAAAGUCAUUAAUCCAAUUCUCAUCGAAGGAUUAACUGAGUGCUGCAGAUCUAAACCAGCUGAUCCUGUAUUGUGGUUGGCGCAUUGGCUGAUCAUGAACAACCCUAAUAAGCCGAAACUACCGGAAGAUCUCGCUUUAAUUCCGACAUAACUCUCUUUGAUUUAUCUUAUUAACGUCGACUACAGAUAAUUUUAACACAUAAAGACUGCCGUCUUACCCACUGGAUCUAUUUUCUUCGAAGUUUC